ACACAAAACAGCCUAUUCCCGCUACGGCGGCAAUGGCGAAAGUAUCGCCAAAUAACCACCUAUAAAAACACACAACACACUCAACACAGUAUCCAGUUCGAUUCCCGACACCAACCACCGUUGAAGAGGCAAUAUGAAAACAACGUUCUGCUUUGUUUUCCUGCUGGUAGCAGCCGCAGCUGCCAGUGAGAAGAAGACGACAGAAAAAAAAGCGGAGCCAUUGGACAAGAAGUUGGACAAACGUGGCCUCUUGAACCUCGGCUAUGGAUACGGCAUUCAAGGGUUAGACAUCGGCUACCUCGGCAGUGGCCACGGACUCGGCGGAGCAUACAACUUCGUCGAUGACCACGCCUACAACGGCUACGGCUCCUUCGAUCUCGGACACCACUCCGACACCACGAGGACCAUCACCCUCGUCAAAGGUGUUCCGUACGCCGUGCCCGUCGAGAAACACAUCCCAUACCCCGUGGAGAAGCCCGUGCCUUACCCCGUCAAAGUGCCCGUACCGCAGCCCUACGAGGUCGUCAAACACGUGCCAGUUCACGUGAAAGAGUACGUCAAAGUCCCCGUCCAUGUACCAGCCCCCUACCCAGUUGAGAAGAAGGUACCUUACCCCGUCCACGUUCCCGUCGACAGGCCUUACCCCGUGAAGGUCCUUGUCCCUCAACCCUACCCUGUUGAAAAACACGUCCCCUACCCCGUCAAGGUGCCAGUGCCCCAGCCCUACCCCGUGGAGAAACACGUGCCAUACCCAGUUGAAGUUAAGGUUCCCGUUCCCCAGCCUUACCCGGUAAUCAAACACGUUGGUGUCCCCGUAAAAGUCCCCGUUGACAGGCCUUACCCCGUACACGUACCUGCUCCUUACCCCGUUGAGAAGCCCGUCCCAGUCGCUGUCCCCGUUGAGAAGCCAGUGCCAGUGCCCGUACAUGUGCCCGUCGACAGGCCCUACCCCGUCAAUGUAGACAGGCCUUACCCCGUCCCAGUCAAGGUGCCCGUCCCAGAGCCCUACCCCGUGUACAAGCACGUGCCCUACGCGGUAGAAAAGCCAGUGCCCUACCCCGUGAAAGUGCCCGUCGACAGGCCCUACCCCGUCCACGUUGAGAAGCACAUCCCAGUGCCAGUGGAGAAGCCUUACCCCGUCCCAGUCAAGGUCCCAGUCCUGGUCAGUGAGCACGACCACGACCACUCCAGCCACUUGAGCCUCGGUGGAUCUUACUACAGCCAUUAGGAUAAAUACUUCUAGCUUUAAUAUAAAGUUUUCAUCCGCCAAGCGAUCAUUGAAAUAUUAUUUAUAAUCUCGCCUAGCACUGGCCGGGACACCAGCAAAAGUAAACUCAUCAUUUUUGUAUAUUUAUAUGUAAACAUGUCAUGCAUGUAUGAGCGUACGUGUACGUAGUGAUAUAAAGGUUACCAUUUUAGGUUAAGAUCAAUGUAAAAAUUAUGAAAAAAUUAAAUAAUUAAUUAAAA